CUUCCACCAAUAGAAAAAGUAGUUGGCCCGGAAGCUGAAGCCAAAGAAUCAAGAAAAGCCCUUUCAUUACUUUUUGAAGUUUCAGAAUCAAUCGAUCGAUGCUUAAUACCUCUUCUACAAAAGAUCGAAUCACCAUGCCAUACCUAUGAAGAUUUAAUCUUGGUGUGUCAGCAAAUAGUCGAAGAGGAGUUUGAUUUAGAAGAUCGAGUGAGCUUCUUAGGUAGUCAUCCUCGGAUUGGUGAAGUCAAAGGUCUUAGUAAAAUAAGUGCUAAUGAGCAACAGAAUCAUAAGCCAACCGAUCCCAAAAAUUGCUUUGAUGUGGCACUUCAGCGGUUGAACCGAGUUUAUGAAGCAUCUUACCCCGGCUUAAGGUAUGUGACGUUUGUGAAUGGAAGGUCAAGGGAGGAGAUAAUGCACGAGAUGCAACACAAAUUGUACGGCGAUGGAGGUUUGCAGGACACGCUCAUGAUCCACGAGCGCGAUGAUGCAUGGCACAUUGAGGUCGCGCGAGGUAUCAAAGACGUAUUCAAAAUCGCAGUGAGCCGGCUUGGCGUCUUGCAAAGGAAAUGA